UUCAUUUUCAGUUUGUUUAAUAGCCUGUGUAAAUUGUAAGAUCUUGUUUGCAGAAGAAGGGUUUUACUUCAUAAAUUAUAUAAUGUUAAAAUAAUGCAAGCCAACUCUUUAUAAGUAUGUGUUUCAAUGCUGCAGGUUAUGUAAAUACUCAAAACUGCAUCAGUUGGUCAUAUCUUUAGGAAUAAUCUCAAUGGAUAAAUACAGUGUGACUUGAAGUUUUAGACUGUAAAAUAUCUUUGACUUUUCCUAGUUUGGUGAAGUUUAUGUGGGUGCUUCUCAAUUGAAAAAAAAAAAAAAAAAAAGAACAAGAACACAUGACAUGAGAAAAUUACAUUUUUAAUGUUUUUAAAACUUUUUUGUAUCAAAUAGACAUUUUAGCAAGAGAUUAUUUGCAGAUUUAUAUUCAGCCUGCCGUCCAAAAUCUACCGACCUGUUUUUCUUUAUAUUCAUUAAGUGUUGAAGGACUGUAGUGCCAGACUGGUUCAUUUUACUGAAUGAUAUCAUUGAGGAUAAGAAAGUUUGGUAAAGUGAAUAUUUUCAAAGUUGUACCUAGUGUUUAACUAUAUACCAGGAUUCAGUGUCCUGGUCUCCUCCCUCCUGAUUCCUUCUCAAGAUUAAUGUUGUCAUGUUAGAAUGAUUAAGAUCAGCAAACUAAAAAAACACCCAGCAAACAUUCGUGUCACAAAAUCUAACAGUACAACAUGAGCCCGUGAACUUGGAAGGAAGUCAUCUAGGAAACAACAGACUCUGUGAUUUGGCUGUUCUGAUCAUCAUGAGAAUUAGUGUGAAGAGUUUGUUUCCAGUCUUGUCUGUCGCUGUGGUGUUUUUCUAUACGAACUCUGUCAAUUGGAAAAUCCAAACUCAAGAGAAGCAGCUUCACCAAGUCCAGCAGAACUUCUCGUUACACAGCGCACUUCUCCUCAAAAAGCUGGACAAACUGGAGGCUCAUUUAUAUGCUGUGGAAGAGAAAAACCUCAAAGUGAGAAAUGAGAAGAAGCCAGUGAAGAAGCUAUUUCCAAACUCUGAUCUCUUCAAGCAAUGGACUGUGGAACUUUCUGAGGACGAUCAGAAGAAGGCUGAGGAUCUCUUUCAGAAAUACGGCUAUAAUGCCUUCCUCAGUGACCAGAUGCCUCUGGAUCGGGAGCUGCCGGACACUCGAGACCACAGAUGCAUUGGACGUGAAUAUCCACACAAUCUGCCCACCAUCAGCGUGGUGCUGAUUUAUCUGGAUGAGGCUCUGUCUGUCAUUCAAAGAGCCAUUUGCAGCAUCAUCAACAGAACUCCAGCCCACCUGCUGAAAGAGAUCAUACUGGUGGACGACCACAGCAAAAAUGAAGAGCUGAAGACACAGCUGCAUGUUUAUAUCAGCUCCAUCAAUGAGAAGCACCCAGGCCUGGUGAAGAUGGUCACCCAUCCAGAGCAGAAAGGCCUGUCCCAGGCCAGAAUCUCAGGCUGGAAGGCUGCCACCGGGGAUGUGGUUGCCAUUUUAGACGCCCACAUUGAGGUCCAUGUCAAAUGGUGUGAAACUGCUCGGCUGACUUCAGUGUCUGGCAAUAAGGCCGUGUGUACACCAAAGCGUUUUUUAUCUGACUGAGGCUAACGUAUUUUCCC